AUGGCCCUGAGGGUCUCCCUCUCCUCUUUGUUAAUUCAGAUUUUUGGAGAUUUUGUUGCCAAAAUUGUCUGUGGAAGUAUUUCAAGAUAUCAUUUAUUCAAAGAAAAAAAAUGGGGAAUUCGAUAUUUUUUCUCAUGGCGCACCACUGUCAAUCAUGGCCCACCAAAUUCUACUUCGGAUCACGCAAUCCGCUUCUACAGGGGUUUGGGUAGUAAUAACUUCUCCGGUUCGCUCCUUCAUGAGCUAGGGAAUUUGGUCAAACUAGAACAACUUUACAUCGAUAGUUCUGGAGUGAGCGGUGAAAUUCCUUCCACGUUUGCCAACCUACAAAACUUGGAGAUCUGGCGGGCAUCCAACAAUCAGUUCACGGGCAAGAUACCUCACUUCAUUGGGAAAUUGACAAAGCUUACAAGUUUGUGGCUUUGGGGGAACUCUUUUGAGGGUCCAAUACCUUCUAGUUUAUCUAAUUUGACCUCAAUGCAAGAUUUGCGAAUAAGUGAAGUUUCCAAUGGGGGCUCUUCAUUAGCUUUUAUUAAGGAUAUGAAGGAUUUAAGCAUCUUAAUCUUGAGAAAUAAUAUGAUUUCCGGUAUUAUUCCAUCCAACAUUGGAGAGUACCAAGCAUUGAUGCAGCUAGAUUUGAGCUUCAACAAUUUGAGUAGCGAAAUUCCAGCCUCUCUCUUCACUUUGAGUUCUCUCACUUAUUUCUUGGAAACAACAGGUUAUCUGAUACACUGCCUGCUCAGAAAAGUUCAGCACUCCUUAAUAUGUAUGUAUGAUCCAGCUGGUGGGCCCUGGUGCAGCUACUAUUGUCCUCCCACAGAUGGCAGGUGGGCCUCACCAUGUAUGUCUCGCAGAUAAAAAAAUCCGGCCGGUCUGGUGAAGAAGUGGGUCAAGAAUUUUACAUGUGUGGCCCGCCUGAUGUCUCAUGUUUCUCUGAUUCAUUUUAUUAACUUGACGGACUUGAUUAUUUUUACUCUUUUAGGAAAUUGCUUUGGGUCUUGAUUAUGUUUAUUAACUUGACAGCAAUUUUAUUCAGUUUCAGUAUAUGAGGAAUUGUAGGAACCUCAAUCCAAGAUUUGCACAUUGUACU